UUUCGCUCGGACAGGGUCAAUAUGGUGGUUGAACAGAUGCAACUUAAAGGCACCCUUGAGGGCCACAACGGGUGGGUAACGCAAAUCGCUACCUUCACCCACAACGAUAAGACCACUGUUAUUUCGUCUUCUCGCGAUCGUACCAUCAUUCUUUGGGAUGUGGACAAUGUCGUCAGUGACAUCGAUGCCAUUGGUCGCCCAGUUAAGGCUUUGACCGGUCACAAUCAUUUUGUUUCUGAUGUCGCCAUUUCCUCUGAUGGGCAAUUCGCGCUCUCUGGUUCUUGGGACAAAACUCUUCGCCUGUGGGACCUAACGACUGGACAGUCCACUCGUCAGUUCUCUUCCCACACUAAGGACGUCCUUUCCGUGGCGUUUUCUGCUGACAACCGUCAAAUCGUAUCCGGCUCCCGUGAUCGCUCCAUUAAGUUGUGGAACACGUUGGCGCAAUGCAAGUACACAAUCACGGAAGACUGCCACACCGACUGGGUGUCUACUGUGAGGUUCUCGCCUUCUACUCGUGAUCCUGUCAUUGUUUCUGCUGGAUGGGAUAAGAUCGUCAAGGUGUGGAACCUUGGAAACUGCCGUCUGAAGACCAAUCACAUUGGUCAUACCGGAUACGUCAGCACUGUUACGGUCUCUCCUGAUGGUUCGCUGUGUGCAUCAGGAGGUAAAGACGGACAGGCAAUGCUCUGGGAUUUGAAUGAGGGCAAGCACUUGUACACUCUCAACGGAAACGAUGUGAUUCAUGCAAUGGCUUUCUCGCCUAACAGAUACUGGCUUUGUGCCGCUGUUGGUCCCGUUAUCAAGAUCUGGGAUCUGGAGGAUAAGCGUGAGAUUGAAGAGUUGAAGCCUGACAUCACAGGGAAGACGAUGACUGCCCCUCAGUGUGUCUCUUUGGCCUGGUCGCAGGAUGGACAGACUCUUUAUGCUGGAUACACAGACAAUGUCAUACGUGUAUGGCAAGUAUCUGUGGCUCAACUGUUUCAAGAACUAGGGCUUAGUGAGAAGAUUGAGCUCAAUGAACAUGAGUUGCGAAUUGCCACUCAGUUCGUCGGAGGAGAAGAUGCUGGGGCAGAGUGGGAUGAUAUUGGUGGAUGCGACGAACUUAUCGCGGAUAUGAAAGAUCGAAUUAUUCUUCCUCUUCAAAUUGCUGCUGAGUCGGAUUCUCCACUUCUUUGCCCACCAAAAGGUAUUCUACUUUACGGCCCACCGGGAUGUGGAAAAACUCUUUUGGCAAAAGCUGUGGCUCGCGCUGCUGGCUGCAGGUUCAUCAAUUUGCAAGUUUCGAACCUGACAGACAAGUGGUACGGUGAAUCUCAAAAACUGGCGGCCGCAGUCUUUUCUGUGGCCCAAAAAUUCCAGCCCACGAUCAUAUUUAUUGAUGAGAUCGAUUCGUUUCUUCGCGAUCGUCAAGCCCAAGACCAUGAGGCUACCGCCAUGAUGAAAGCCCAGUUCAUGUCAUUGUGGGAUGGAUUCGCCUCCACCAAUGACAAGAUAAUCGUAAUGGGAGCAACAAAUCGUCCUCAAGAUGUAGACCCUGCCAUAUUGCGGCGUAUGUCUGCUCGGUUCGCAAUUCCGAUGCCUACUGAAAAACAGCGGGAACAGAUACUCAAGGUAAUUUUACGGCAAGAGAAUCUGUCGGAGAGUGUUGAUCUGGAGAAGAUUGCCUCCAUGGCUCAAGGGUUGUCAGGAUCAGAUUUGAAAGAGGUGUGCCGUCUUGCGGUACUUUCUAGAGCAAAGGCAACAUUGGCGGAUCAGGGAAGUUUGCGGAACAGGCAGCCGAUCCAGGGAGAGGAUAUGGAAUCUGCGCUGCUAAAGUACUCGAGAGCGUACCAGCAAAUGACUGAGCAUGGCUUGGACUGA